GAAUAAUGGAAAGAAGAGCAUUGUUUCCUGUUAAUAGCGAGUACUUUCUUUUCUGAAACAAAUAGCAACUAUCUUGGCUUGGCAAGAUUCCAAAAACAAAAAUUUCUCCAAAAAGGAAAGAAAAGCUUGGUAGCCAAGCCUAUUGCUUUCUUUAAUGAUAGAGAAGAUCGUAGAGACUCCAAAUACAUCAACUUAAUUCUGGCGAUAUCUUUCCAAUAAUGUCUAGGCUUCUCUCCAAGCUAUCUCCCCUCAUGCGCAAGAGCAGGAGCGUUCGUUCGUUUUCAUCGUACGAGACAGGCCCGUAUUUGUCGCUUUGUGUCAGUGCAAAACCGCUGCCGGAAAGCGGCAACGUUGGAGAAGUGGUAUUGUUCGACCCUGCGAAAGAAGAGUUACUCGAACUCACGGAUAAAACAAUUCCUGAAGAAAUCGUUCUGGCCAACGGCAUCGGAGCUUCCAAGGGAUGGGGAAUUUUCUGUGACCCGCAAGAUCGCUGCGUGCUUAUCUCAGACUUCAUGAACCCCUGGUCUUGCAAAUCAAACCCGAAGCUCUUCACUCUGCCUCCGCUUACUCCUCUGCCCUCUUGCCAAACUGAUGUGGUCUGGAACGUGGCAAUGUCCACUUGUCCUGAUGAAGACGAAGACUGGGUAGUUGGCAUCAAGUCCUUGGGUGACCAGCUGAGUUUCUGUAGGCCCCGUCGUGACUUGCGUUGGACUAAGAUCACAACCCCUUUUGACCACUUUCCAACCUCGAACCUAAUGUAUUCCAAGAGAGAUGGGAAGUUCUACUUGCCUGGUCCUGGAGGCCACCACUUGUUGUCCUAUGAUCUCCUCCACUUGGACAAGAAAGCCUACUAGCCUGAGUUCCAUGAGUUGCAAUUUCGAGACUUUCCACAUUCAGUCGAGUCUGAGUUGGAUCUACGGGAGCUAUUUCCUUCUUCUUCCAGGACGGAACACCUCGUGGAGUCACCCUCGGGAGAUGAACGUUUCCUCGUCAAAUGGUACGCCAACGGCUGUUUGGCUUCGAAAAAAAUCUCAUACGAAACGCAGCAGUUCAUGGUGUUUAGAGAAGAGGAGACUACAGAGGGAAGAUUCAUGUGUUACACUGAUGACCUUGGAGAUCUGUGUAUCUUCAUUUCAAAGGGCGAGGCUUUUUGCGUCCCUGCAAGCUCUUUCCCUGGACUCAAACCAAACUCCAUCUAUUUUAUAGGCUUUGGCUUAGGUAUCUACGAUCUCACCACCAAAAUCGCCUCAAGUUUUCAAGCUCCCAAAGGUGCGCUGGAUCAUAUUGUGCUCCCUUACUGGUUUCAUCCAUCUUCUAGCUAGUGCUAAGAUCGGUUUGCUUCGUUUUUAUUUUCUCUCGACUAGCUAAGAUCUUCCUUCUCACUCACCUUUGAGACGAUUUUAAUUUAUGUGAUCUACUAUGAUUAUGAAGAUAUUUCUUCUAUAUAUCUAUUAUUUAUUUAUUUAAAACACA